AUGAAAAGGACACAAAAAAUUGAUACUUUUUUUAAAAGAAAGAAUUCUGAAGAUUCAUCAUCUCAAGUAAAUCCAUCUACAAGUGUUGAUCAAUUGAAUUCUGAAAGUCGUCCUGAAAAAUCUCAAAGAAUUGAAAUAAAUGAGAAGGUAGACAUUCAAGCAUUAGAACGUGAUCCGGGAUUGCGACUACCAAUAUGGAUGUGCCCCGUUGACAAACGUGAUGAAGUUAGGAGAGCUUAUAUCAAGGUCUGCCCAUAUCAAUGUUUGCUUUCAAAGUAUCCAAAAUCUGGAGAAAAGCAUCCUCGUAGUUUUCAAGCAUCUUGGUUUAAAUUAUUCCCUUCUUGGUUAGAAUAUUCUCUUAGUAAAGAUGUAGCAUUUUGUCUACCAUGUUAUUUAUUUCAUACUCAAGAUGGGCCUUCCGGAUUGCAUGCUUUUACUACCAAUGGUUUUCGUUCAUGGAAGAAAGUUAGAGAUGGAAAAAAUUGCUCAUUUUUAGCACAUAUUGGAAAAGAUCUCACCUCUCCUCAUCGAAAUGCUGAGAAAGCUUGCGCAGAUCUCAUGAACCAACAAUCACAUAUUGCACAACAUAUUGAGAAAUUCACAUCUGAAGAAGUAGUUGAAAAUAGACUUCAUUUGAGAACUUCAAUAGAGGCAACGAGAUGGCUUGCAUUUCAAGGAUGUUCUUUUAGAGGUGAUGAUGAGUUAAUAACAUCAACAAAUCGUAGAAACUUUUUAGAGUUAUUGAGUUUCAUUGCCUCUUUUAAUGAUGAAGUAACAAAAGUUCUUGAUAAAGCUCCACGAAAUGCAACAUAUACAUCACCAACAAUACAAAAACAAAUUUUGCAAGUGUUGGCAACUAAAGUAAAAAAGCGCUAUCUGAGAAGAAAUUGGUGA